CCGACCGAACGAAAGGAGUGAGCUAAACCAACAUGGCUGGCUCGCGAAAAAGAGGACCGAGCAGAUUGUAGUUUGUUGUUCGUCUUUUGCCACUUAUAGUAGCACGAAGUUAAUGAAAGUAAUUUCGUGCCCUGCUAGAUAACAAACAUGAGUUUUUCUGUAAAAAAAACUGGUGGUAGAAUGUGGCACGAGGCGCGGAAACAGGAAAAGAAGAUUCGCGGUAUGCUGGUCGAUUAUCGUCGACGGGCGGAACGCCGCCGGGAUUAUUAUGAGAAAAUUAAAUCAGAUCCCACACAAUUCCUGCAAUUACAUGGGAGACCGUGCAAGAUUCAUUUGGAUCCUGCUGUGGCUGCAGCUGGCGAUAGUCCUGCAAAUAUGAUGCCUUGGCAAGGGAACGAAGAGAAUCUCAUUGAUCGAUUUGAUGUUCGAGCUCAUCUCGAUUGGAUCCCGGAAGCUUCUGAUACCAUCGAUGUAGACAUUGCUUUGACUAGUGAAGAUAGGCACAUCAAUUAUGAACGUUAUCGCAUAAUCGUUCAAAACGAAUUUCUCGGAGUGACCGAAGAAAAAUUUCUACAUCAAAUUCACAUAGAGGAGCAAUUUGGUUCUUCUACUAAGCCAGAUGCCAACAAAGACAAGAAGAAAUCGACUGCUAAUGCCGCAAUUGGCUAUAACUAUGAAACUGAAGAACCUAUUACUGAUCCUGGCAAACCAAUUGAAUCAGUAGCGGUGGAUGAUAAACCAGAAGAUGAAGAUAGUGAUAUUGAUUUAGAUAUUUGCGUAGAUGUAUCGCAGAUAGAACCUUCGCAAGCUCAUGAAAUGAAUCAAGUGGCGCAAAAGUAUGGAUUGCUCGGUGCAGACUAUUUCAGUUUCUUAACUCAGGAUGUCGAAGAAGCAGAAACAUUAAGGCAAGCUCGCAAACAGGAGGAAGAAAAAGCAAUGUAUUCCGGACGGAGAUCAAGGAGAGAGAGACGAGCAUUCCGAGAAAAGAAAAUGAUUGGCCGUGUUAUGAGCCCACCAAGCUACGCAGCUAGAGAGAGUCCAGAAUAUAACCCCUAUAGAAAGUCGUCAUCAAAAUCACGCUCAAGAUCACCUUCACCAAUUAAUGCUGGACAAAUUACGUACAUCACAAGUUUUGGCGGUGAAGAAGAGGCACAUGGUAGUUCAACUCAAAUUACAACGACAAACAUAAAAAAAGUCAAUUAUUCUCACUUGAGAAGAAGACGAUCUGAGAGCCCAGUUUUCGGAGAUAGAACCGUUUCUAGAAAAAUUUCUAAAUCUAGAUCACGAAGCGCUUCCAGAUCAAUAACUAGAACUAAACCAUACAGAUCACGUGAUAGAAGAAAGAGCAAUUCACGAUCAAGAUUAAAGAACACAGGAUCCAGAUCGAGAAGACAAGUAAAGUCGAGAUCUAGAAGUCACUCUAGACGCAGGCUAUCUGGUGCUAGAUCGCAACGCUCAAGAUCUAAGAGUAUUUCUAGAUCCAGCUCAAAAUCAAGAUCUCCUUCUAGUUCAAGGUCAAAAUCGAGGUCACGUUCCCGGCAAAGAAGAUUACGGUCAUCUUCGAACAGUAGUUCCUCAAUUUCUAAGUCAAGAUCAGGGUCAAGGUCUCGAAACAGAAGUCGGUCCAAAGAGAGUUAUCGUAGAAGACGCUAUUCUCAGUCCCGAUCAAGGAGUCGUUCUAACACCAGAAGGUCCAGAAGCAAUGACAACAAAACACUUGCAUUACCAAGAUAUUAUGGUCGUAGAGGAAAAUCCUCCAGCUUGGAAUUAGAAUUGUCAGAUAACGAGGAAAAAAAUAUUCCAUCAGCGCCUAAGCCUCCAAUAAUCAGCGCGAGCGUGAUCAAGCCAAAAGCAGGGUUAAGUACAUAUUCUGGUGGCGGAUACAAAACAUUAACAUUGCAGUCUUCAAAGAUCACACCUCAGGAGCGGCUUAAGAAAAAAAUGCAGGCUCUGUUGAACAGGCAAUACAAGGCUGAUAAAAGGGCUGAGCAGCUGAGAAUCGAAAAAAUGGAGCAGCAAAGACAGGAUCGUGAAGAUGAGAUACGAGAGAUGUCUUUAAAACUUCGUCGAAGGCAAAGAGAAUUAAGGCACAAGUAUGAAGGUCACACCUCCGAUAGUCGUUCGUCAAACUCGCGUAGCCCAAGUCUUAAUCGCAGUCCUAAACCACAAGUGAUACGAAGAGAACGUAGGGACAGGGAUACAAGAGAUGUUGAUACCGCAAGUGACAGAGACAGGGAAAAGGAUAGAGAUAGGGAUAGGGAUAGGGAUAGGGAUAGGGAUAGGGAUAGGGAUAGGGACAGAGACAGGGAACGGGAAAGGGAAAGGGAAAGGGAAAGGGAAAGAGAAAGGGAAAGAGAGAGGGAAAGAGACAGACGAGACGAUAGAAGUAGAAAUAGACACGAAUCACGCAGGAGGCACAGAGAAUCCCCGAGACCAUCGUCGAGUCCAAGAAGUAAUCGGGGUCUGGUUGACUAUUGAUGCGUUAAAGAAACUAGAAACAUUCUUCCAUCUGCCCAGAUGAAAAUAUUCAUAAUAUUAAGUACUUCCAGUUGGUUCUAUACUUCCUUUGAUUAGUUGAAUCAAAAUUUAAAUUUUAUAACAUGGAAUUUUAUAACAUGCAUUAGUUGAUUCGUUAAUGAAUUAAUUUGUUUCUUGUCAGUUGCAUAAUCAUUUCUUCAAUAAAGGAAGGUAUGUUUACAGUAA